ACCGCUACUGUUUCAUUUCAGUUGCAAAAUACAUGAAAAUGGAUUCACCAUCAUUACAUCUUACAUCUGAUGACGAUAGUGUAAAUCAAGCAAAUUGUACUUCGACCAGGAAACCAGUUCUUCCUUUUAUAAAAGCUGAACUCAGAUGUAAAAUUCAACGGAAACGUUUAUCUCAAGGUCUUCAGCAGCUUCAGGCAGAUUUUACAGAAAAACGGCCAACCAUACUUACAAAGGUGGAACGUGAAAAACAAAUUGUAAGAAAAGAAAGAAACCGAAUUGCAGCAAGAAAGUGUCGACAAAGAAAAAGACAGGUGACGAGUCUUUUACAAGAGGAAAUACGGGAAUUAGUAGAGGAAAACAAGCAACUCAAAGAAAGAAUUAGAUGUCUUGAACUUAACAGGGAACAAUUCGUAUGGAAUAUGAUAAACAAUCAGGUGGUGAUGAAAAUGUUUGGAGAGGUAUAUCGAUCUAUGAUGAAAGCUGCAUAAUAUGUAUUAUGACCAAAGAUCGAAAGUAUAAGAUAUCUCGUGAGAGAAAAAUACAUUUAAGCAUUCAACUUGUUUAGCUGUUGUGGAUAACAAAUUGCGAAGAACAGGGUUGAUUUUUGUAAUAUUAAUUUUAUUUGAAAAUUGAAAGAUUGUAUAACAGAAAGUGGAUAUUUCUGAAUUGUUUUACCAUCUUAAUUGUACCGCUACUUUUUUUUUUAAUGCCAAGAAUGUUAUAUUAGUUUGUGCAAACAAAAAUGAGGAACGUGUACCGAAGUCAUUACAAAUCACAAAAAUCCAUAAACAAGCAGACACAUGAGGUUUAAAAACAGUUGAAUUUGCAUGAAGUCCCAACCGAAUGAGAUUCGGUACAACAGCAGUAUAGGCAUUACUAGCUAUGAAUGCAUUGCGAGUGUUUUUCGAAACAUGUGCAGCUGCAAGUGUCGGAAUAGGAACCAUGAUAACAGAUAGAUAAUAAGGGACACGUGGGGUCUAAAACAAUAUGAAACUAUUGAUCUAUUCAAAUCCUAUUAGUCGCUUUUUAUAACAAUUUGGAAAUAUUGCUGGAAUAGUAACUGAAUUGCCCAUAAUUUUUGUAGAAUAUUGUGUCAUUAAACUCAUCAAAGAUACCGGGCUUAAAAAUUGUACGUCAGACGCGUAUACAAAAGACUCAUCAGUGACGCUCGAACCAAAACAAUUGAAAGGCCAAAUAAAGUACAUAGUUGAAGUGCAGUGAUGUUCAAUAAAGAUCCCAUACAGAUAGACUUGGGCAUUAGUAAACGUUAAAGUCAAAGAUUUUAUAUUAAUAUCAAAUUCAAAAUCUGGAUUGUCAUGAUGUGACUUGGAUGGAGAGUUGUCUCAUUGGCACUCAUACCACAUCUUAUAUCUAUGAAUAUAGAAAAAACAAGCAUUGAUUAUGAAUAUUAUAUAUGUAUACACGUAUAUUCU